UUGGCGUUUCAAGGAAUCGGAGCGACUGCGCCUGCGCAGGCCUGGGCUGGAGUGGAGGACGGUUGCGGCUUUGGGCUUUGGGAACAGGUGGCCACCAUGCCCCUCUUUGGGAACACUUUCAGUCCGAAGAAGACGCCCCCCCGGAAAUCAGCCUCCCUCUCCAACCUGCACUCGCUGGACCGAUCGACCCGUGAGAUAGAGCUGGGCUUGGACUAUGGCAUUCCCACCAUGAACCUGGCUGGGCAGAGCCUGAAGUUUGAAAAUGGCCAGUGGAUAGCAGAAUCGGGAGGCAGCAGUGGAGAUCACAGGGAAACACAGCGCCUGCGCAAACGGAACCAGCAGCUGGAAGAAGAGAACAAUCUCCUGCGACUGAAGGUGGACAUCCUAUUGGACAUGCUCUCUGAGACCACAGCAGAAUCCCAUCUGAUGGAGAAGGAGCUGGAGGAACUGAAGAAUCACAGCAGGAGGAGGAAGUGAACACAGUAAGGGCGACGAGCGUUAGGGGAUCGGAGAGCUUGGGAAUCUGGUUUGAAAUCUCUAGGGCUCGCAGAGCUAGAUCCAAGCCUGGUUGGCCUGACUUCACUGUCUCAGCACCAUGUAGCAGUGUGUCAUUCCACAGGAUGGGCAAACAAAUUCCAAGGCUUGAAAUGUUAGUGGGGCCUCCAAGACCGUCAGAAGUCAUCUACUCUGCUUCCCCAUAGAGCUUCUGUAUAACUGCUGUCUCAGUGCUCUUAAUAAGCUGCCUUGGUGCAUGUUCUGUUAUAAGCAAAAACCAGUUUUGCCCAAACCACUUUACUCAGUGCAAAGACCUUUCACUUGUGGCAAAGAGCAGGCAGUGGAGGCAGUUAGCAGUGCUCUGGUCUGCCUGAGAAAACAAAAUGUCCUUGGUGUAUGUGAAUGGAUGGUAAGGAAAAUCUCUUCAUAUACAUGCCAAGCAUGGUCUACAACUUCUGUUUGAGCCCCCUUACUGUUACCUUCAGCCUCACGACCCCCGUUGAUUCCACCCCUGACUUAAGUUCUGAAAAUCAGGAAGUAGGGGAGCAUUUUUAAAGCUGUCUUUUCAUUUCAGAUAUUUAUUAUUUUUCUAAAUAGGUUAGCUCUGCCUUCUGCUGUUGGUAGACAGGCUCCUGGUGUUGUUUAUUCUCUUGAGUGUUUCAUAUGUUUUUAUAAAGUUAAACUAAACCAAA